AUGGCUGGUCCUAGUCACGGGACUCAACACUCCGAACAGAGCUCUCGGUCUUCGUCUUUCGCCGAAGUCAGCUCAUCAAGCUCGUACACUGGAUCCCCUCUCGAAGCGUUUGGGGACAUUCCUCCUCGACAAACUCCAUGCAUGGUUGGGCACACAUCGAGCUAUUUCGAUAGCCUCGCUCGAUCACGGAUUAUUGCUGUAAUGGCACUAAAUAUCUUUGUCUACGAGACUCCUCUCAAUUCCCAUCGCGACACAUGGGUCUGCCCCUUCUCCAAUUGCAAGCAAUCAUUUCCGGAUCCCAAGGCUAUGAUGUCCCAUGCGGCAAAAUGCACUCAUGUUUCUGCCAGCGGCGCCUACUGUAACUGCUGCGGUUGUUACUACGACUUCCCUGGUCAACGCCCAGCUUGUCUGACACGAGACGGCGACACCGCGCCUGCGAUUGUCAAAGACUCUGCCAUGACAAAGGGGAAACGGAAGAUUCAAGACUUCCUGUCCCGUCGCUCUGGGUCAGCAUCUUCCUCCCAGGAACAGCUGGCUACUGUCAACGCAUCUAAUGCGUGCCCGUUUUUCGCAGUGGAGUGGCAGAUGGAUCCCAUGCCUGCUUCUCGAAAAGCGUCUGCAUUUUUAGAAAUCAGUACUACGGGUCUUUCUCCGGGUCACCAAUCUGGCCAUGAGCCUGCAGAGCUCUGUGCUGAUCCUCCAAUCGUCGAGAUUGGUAACUCCAGUAUCCUCCCAGGUCACUCUGGCUUCCCAUCACACACAGAUUCGCACAUGCCACAACAUCUGAGCCAGUCAACAAUCUCUACACUGUCUACGACUGGCUAUGUGGAGGCGACUGUUCCGGAUUUUGGCGAUGUUUGUAUGUCGCCAACGGAAUAUUCCACAGGGGACAAUUGCGAUAUCAUCUCACAGCAGACGUACCAUGGCAGCCUUUCAUAUGGCAGUGGUGAUAAUUGUUUUCAUUCCAUUGAUCAGUCUCAAGAUUUAGUUCAAGACUCACCCUUGAACGUGGAUGUUCCGCUGAUUGAGGCCGAAGCGUUUGACUUUGACCAAUUUGUUGUCCCAUCAGAAGAAUCGCAAGGUCUUAUGGUCGAUGUGCCGAACUUUUCACGCCCACGGUUGCCAUUAUCAUCCGGACAAAGUGGCCAGGCUUCGCCAUCUGGCAACCACCAUCUGCAUCAGCGGGUAGAUGUCAUACCUACAGCCAUGGCUCAUGACCAACAUCACCAUGGGGAAUUCUUUGGGCUCCCCGAUCUUCCCGCGGAAGAACAGUACUACUUCGAUGUAGGAAUUACAAGCGACAAUGCGCAGUCCCUUCAAACUCAAAAAGCAGCGUGGGUGACAAACGUUGCACCAGCUCGACUUUCACCACGGCUCCCUGUAUUGAAUCCGGAAGACGACGGAGAGAUCAUUUGCCCGGCGUGUGACUACAGGCCAAGAGGCGCAAAAGCGUAUAGAAAAGCCAAUUUUAAUAAGCACUGGAAGAACAAACACGAGGAGGCGUUGCCAUGGAUUUGCGAAUGUGGGAGAGCCUGUAAAAGGAGGGAUAAUCUCUUGGUUCACCAGCGUAACGUCUGCGGCAAGCCCAACGCCCGGCGGCCGCUAGGGUAUCAGAGAAGAAAGCAUGCUCAGCGAUCUGGACUAAUGGGAAGACCUCUACUUGAUGUUGCUUAA